AUGCCAAGCCCAGAGACAUUCCCUCCGCCAGCCGGCGAAUUCUUCAAGCUCUACAUGCAUCCAUCCAACAGCGACAAAGACAAGAACGCCAUGAUUAACAUGUACCAGCUCUAUGAUUCCUACCACUGGUGUGCAAAUCUAGGUGUUACAUAUGCUCAGGGGUCGUGGGGCUACACAAUAUUACGCACCGUGUAUUCGGAGGAAUCCGACGUCUUAUGGCAAGAAGGCAUUGAGAAAAUGAAGCGUUGGGUAACCCAGUAUCUAGUCUAUGUUGACUAUCUGAGGAGUAAUAAGUCCGACGCCUCAGUCACUGAAGAAAUGGCGCGACGUUUCGCCGUGGACGUCGUUGAGGACCAGGGCGGGUAUUCAAAAGCGCUGAGGCACUAUCCCAACUUGACGAGCGCCAGCCAGCAAGACAUCAAGUCGCUCGUCGAGAUUUUUGAGACCUGGCGUGGUAACACUCUCAGCGAUGUCGACAUGGAGACCAACAGCCGUUAUAGCCCCCGGUUCUGCGACUUUCUAGUCAUCGACGGAGGUUCUCUCUGCUCGCUCGCUGCACUCCCCGAUGAGACGCCGCACUUGGCGCCAGCCCGGAAUGUGCUGUAUGAGAAUUCCUACGUCUGGCUCAUAGAAUCGCGCGCCGCGAAACGCUUCCAGGGCGUUGAGGACGCGGUCAACUACGAUGGGUGCAUGAAGCUGAGUGUAGGUGAUAUCUAUGAAGCGCGGUUUGAGAGGGUAGCGAGAUUCGAAGACUUGGACUGGAUUUCUGAGCGGGAAAAGAAGGACGGAGAAAAGUGGUAUUCUCCGCGAUAA